AUGUCAUUUACCUUAACUAAGAAAGAAGUAAAAGCUCAUCCAUAUAGACUGAAAGGUAGUACUUUAUUAUCAGAAGAUUCUCAUAAUUUAAAAAUAGUUUAUAAUAAAUAUAAAACCAAUUGUCCACCACCAAAUCCAAAGAAUCAAUUAAGAUUUAAUUUAAUAUUUUGUCAUGGUACUGGUUUCAAUAAAUCAAUUUGGAAGUAUCAUGUUAAAAAAUUAUAUCAAUUAUCACAAUCAAUGCAAGUACCAUGGUUUUUAGAUUCAGUUAUUACAAUUGAUGCAUUAGGACAUGGUGAUUCAGCUUUAGCUAAUGCAGGUAAAUUAGGACCUGUAUUUUGUUGGGAUGAUGGUGCAAGAGAUGUUAUAACAGUUAUAAAUCAAGAAAUUGCAACUACUGGAGAUUUUCAAAAUAAUUCAGAAUCUAGAAAUGUUAUAAUUGGUCAUUCAAUGGGUGGAUUUAUUGCAUUAUAUUCUGCAUUUUUAGAAAGUGAAUUAUUUGAUUCAGUUAUUCCAAUUGAAGCUGUGAUUUAUGGACAAAUUGAUGGAUUAGAUAAAUUCAAAAAAAUAUUCAACAAGAUUAAACAAAUGAUGAUUGAUACUUUUGAUUCUCAUGAAGAUGCAUUAUUUUAUUUUACAAAAUUUUCAUUCACAAAAAAAUUUAAUGAAGAAGUAAUGAAAGAUUAUCUUGAAGAUGAAUUAAUUGAAAUUAAAGAUCCUGAAACUGGUGAUAUUAAAAUUCAAUGUAAAUGUAAUAAAUCAUAUCAAGUUGCAGGUUAUUUUGGAGCUUUUCCAUCAAUUGCAAAAGGUAUGUUAGCCUUACCAUCCAUAAAAGUUCCUAUCUUACAUGUUGUUGGAGCAAAUGGUCAGUGGAAUCCACCAGAAAGUACUCCUUGGAUUAGAGAAACUAUAAAGCCUAAAUAUCUUGCAGGUACUGUUGAUAUUCCAAAAGGUGAACAUUUAGUAAAUGCUGAACAACCAGAUGAAACAAUAGAAGUUAUUGCUAAAUUUUUAACUGAGAGAAAUGAUAAUUUCAAAAAGGAAUUAUUGGAAACUCCAGAAUCAAAAUUGAAACAUGAUAAAAAGGCAAUUGAACAACAAGAAUUUUCAAAAUUAAUUGAUGAUAUGGAUUUAGAUAAUAUUUAUGGUUAUGAAUUAGAAAGACGUAAUUUAUUUGGUAAUGGUCUCAAAUCCAAGAUGUAA